GAGCGUGCAGGUGAGCGCGAAAGGGGCCGUGUGCGUGCCGGGGAGCACACAGCGUGUGUGCGGGGUGUGCGCGUGCCGGGGAGCGUUUGAGGGUUUUACAGUGUGCAGGUGUGCGUGCAGGGGAUGGUCCGUGGGCAGGUGUGUGUGGAGGGCUUGGUCCGUCUGCAGGUGUGUGUGCAGGGGCUGAUCCAUGUACAGGUGUGUGUGUGUGCAGGUGUGUGUGGAGGGCUUGGUCCGUGUACAGGUGUGUGUGCAGGGGCUGGCCUGUGGGCAGGAUUUGGUCCAUGUACAGGUGUGUGUGUUCAGGUGUGUGUUCAGGGGCUGGCCCGUGGGCAGGAUUUGGUCCAUGUACAGGUGUGUGUGUGCAGGUGUGUGAGCAGGGGCUGGUCCAUGGGCAGGAUUUGGUCCACGUGCAGGUGUGUGUGUGUGUGCAGGGGCUGGUCUGUGGGCAGGAUUUGGUCCAUGUACAGGUGUGUGUGUGCAGGUGUGUGUGUGCAGGGGCUGGCCCGUGGGCAGGAUUUGGUCCAUGUACAGGUGUGUGUGUGUGCAGGUGUGUGUGCAGGGGCUGGUCUGUGGGCAGGAUUUGGUCCAUGUACAGGUGUGUGUAUGCAGGUGUGUGUGCAGGGGCUGGUCCGUGUGCAGGUGUGUGUGCAGGGGCUGGCCCGUGGGCAGGAUUUGGUCCAUGUACAGGUGUGUGUAUGCAGGUGUGUGUGCAGGGGCUGGUCCGUGUGCAGGUGUGUGUGCAGGGGCUGGCCCGUGGGCAGGAUUUGGGCCACGUGCCCGUGUGCGUGCAGGCCCAUGGGAAGGGGCUGCUGGGUGUGAGGCACAGCAGGUGGGUGUCCCCAGCCCCUGUCCCCGGCCCCUGUCCCGCCGCAGCCGCCAUGGAGGUGAGCCACUCCCUGAAGGAGCGCACCAUCGCCGAGAACAGCCUGGUGAUCCUGCUGCAGGGCCUGCGCGGCCGCGUCACCACCGUGGAGCUGCGCGACGAGAGCGCGGCCGCGGGGCGCGUCACCAGCGUGGACGCCUUCAUGAACGUGCGCCUGGCCGAGGUGACCUUCACGGACAGGCGGGGCGCCGUGUCCCGGCUGGACGAGCUCUUCGUGACCGGCAGGAACGUCCGCUACGUGCACAUCCCCGACGAGGUGGACAUCCGGGCCACCAUCGAGGAGCAGCUGCGGGCCAUCCACAGGGUGCGGUUCUUCGGGGGCCGCGACAAGGGCCGCAGGGAGUUCCCUCGUGCCAAGCACAAGUGAGAGGACGUGGCGCUGCCCACGGCAGCCGGCACGGACCCGGGAUGGGCCUGCGAUGGAGGUGCCCCUUUGAUGGACUGCCAGCUCCCUCCGUCCCACGCCGCAUCCCCCCACCUGCAUUCUCCCCUGAGGGUCUUGCUGUUCCCCCCAGCUGCAGAGGAGCGGGACUGUUUUUUGUAGUGAAUAACACCACUUAA